GCCUUCCGGUAUGUGGCCCAGUCUGGCUAGUCCCGCCUAGCGCGCCCAUUUCGAGCCCAAGUUUCCAGCUCGGGUUUCCAGGCUCAGAAUUUUCCAGGAGUGGGUUCUUGGGCAGUGGCUGUGGGAGCUGGAAUGGCGCAGCUAGAGGGUUACUAUUUCUCGACCGCCUUGAGCUGUACCUUUUUAGUAUCCUGCUUCCUCUUCUCCGCCUUCAGCCGGGCGCUGCGAGAGCCCUACAUGGACGAGAUCUUCCACCUGCCUCAGGCGCAGCGCUACUGUGAGGGCCAUUUCUCCCUUUCCCAGUGGGAUCCCAUGAUUACUACAUUACCUGGCUUGUACCUGGUGUCAGUUGGAGUGGUCAAACCUGCCAUUUGGAUCUUUGGAUGGUCUGAACAUGUUGUCUGCUCCAUUGGGAUGCUCAGAUUUGUUAAUCUUCUCUUCAGUGUUGGCAACUUCUAUUUACUAUAUUUGCUUUUCCGCAAGGUACAACCCAGAAACAAGGAGUGAGACAGGGUGUCAGUAUGUUGCGUGGGCUGGUCUCGAACACCUGCCUCAAGUGAUCCUCCCACCUUGGCCUACCAAAGUGCUGGGAUUUACCAUGAACCACUGUGCCAGCUUCCAAUGAGAAAAUUAUUAAAUGUAUUGGUUUUUCACAGUGAAACUUAAUUCAGUUUAGUUGAACCAUAUAUGUGUGUGUACGGCAUAUACAAGAUGAAAAAGAAAGGGAGGAAAAAUAAUAAUGAUGGUUGCCAUCAUUCAUUGAACACCUGUAAUGUUUUAGGCAUUAUACUAGCUGAUUUACAAAUAUUGUCUCAUUUGAUGCUACAUUUAUAUUUCUAUGAGGUAGAUGUUGAUUUCUAUUUGACUGCUGAAGAAACUGAAGGUCAGGCAGGUCAGGUGAUUUGCCCAAAGUCCACACUGUCACUAAAUGAACAUAGAUUGAGAUGACUCCCAAGCCUGUGAGUUUUUGACCAUCAUAUUCUGCCUCACUAUGAAAAGUUUAUUUAAAUUAAUUUUUUUUAAUCAAAAGAAGUAGUAUAUGGAGAGAGAGGUGAAAAUCCAUGUUUGCUCUCUGCAGUUUCCAGACCAUUCAUGGCAUGUUAUUUUUGUACUGGAUAUAGUCAUUUUUUAAAAUGCUACAAACUGUUCAAAAGAGCAUGAACAACAUGAUAACUCCUUAUAAUUUUGUUGUAAGAUAAAUGGCUAAAAGUAUGUGGGAUGUUUAAUUUGGAUAAGUGGAAAUUCUAUCACUUGAUAAGCUCUCUUGAAGAAUAAUUGUGUGAAAGAUGGGACUUAAUUCUGUAUUGCCUGAAGUGUAAAUCAGAGGUCAACAAUUAGAUUGCAAAUUAUGAAAAGCAUAACUUUUCUAAUUGUUUAGUCUUUUUAGAGAAACAAGCCCAGGAAAAAAGUAAGAUUCUCAUUCAUUGGAGAUAAGAUUUCUAUUUAUCAAAGAUACUUCAGAAGAGUUAGAUAGCAAGUAGGUAAAAUGUCUUUUAAAGGUAUCUGACAUCUUUAAAGCUCUGUGAUUUUUAAAUUCUUAAUUUUGUUACAGCUAAUUUUUUUCAAAUUAAUAGCUGAGUCAUGGUCAAGUAUUUCUGAUGACUUACAUGCUGUCUUUGAUACAUUUUAAGUUUCUAAACCAAAACUACUGUUUAAUUCUGUUACCCUGUUUUAGAAAAACAUUUGAGUUAUACAACUUACUAAAAGGUAUUUUAGCGAUGAUGUUUUGGAGCACUAGUAAUAUAGUGUUUAACUUAUUUUCUAUUUUUUAUCCCUCUAUAUUAGUGAAAUUACUUCUCUUUGAAGUUUUCCCCCAGUUAUAAAAAAAGGCUGAGCGCUAUCUGUAAAAAUUUUUAAGGUGGUGUCCACUAGGUGGAGAUACUGUGCUACAUUUCCAAGUGUUGUAAUUAAACUUUUAUUAGUCUGAAUUAAACUCUUUUAUUUUUUAUAAUCAUUUAUAUCUAUUUAUCAUAAUGUUAUUCAAAUGUUUCCUGAGUUGUAUGAAGCUAAGAUACAGGUAAAAACAAAACAAAACAAAACAAAAACCUCACUUUGUGUUUUGUAAUCAUUAGACGAUUUAACCUAAUAUAUCUUCCCAUAUGAUAUGAUCUUUUCAUAUGGCAUACUUCAUUCAUAUGACAUAGUUAGAAUCUUUUCCCACAAACAAUGAGUGAUGAUAUCUCCUUUGAAAACUCAUGUAACAUUGUAUCAGCCACUGUUUUAAAGUGAUUUACCCAUGUUAGUCUCAUAACAACUCUAUGAGAUCAGUACUGUACACAUGGGGAAACUUAGUAUAGAGAGGUGAACUAUUUUUUCCAAGAUUACAAAAUAGCUGUCUGAGCUGGGAUUCAUAACCAGGCAGCCUGACUCCAAAAUCAAUAUUCUUAACUCUAUUGGUAUGAUGGAGAAAGGCAUGAAGUCUACCUUCAAAUUCAUGGCAUUUUAGAAGGAAAAAUUGUCACAGAUAAUGUGAUUAUACUUCCUAGUUUUAUAGGUCAGAAAAAUGAAGUCCACACUAAUUUUGCCUCUUCCACAAGGAGAUAGAUUCUCAUCUACCACUGUGUCUUUUGUUUCUGUUUUGUCAUCAUACCUCAAAUUGAUAUAUGUUGUAAAUAUGAAUUUAAGGAAGUAAAAAACAAAAUAACUCAGGGCUGGAGCCUUCAACCAUAUUAAUAUACAUUGACAUAAAGACCUUUGUUUUAAUAUGAAUGAUUCCAGUUACCAAAUGGAGAAAUAGUUGUUUGAAAAUUAAUAUUUAGCUUCUCAAAAGAGACUCCUAUUUGGAAGCAAGUUGUUGGUUAAACAGGACAUACUUUAGAUUUUUGAAAAAGUUCUCUGUGGAAUAACAAUCUCUUAUUUUUAAGAAUGUAUGAAUAUGUGUUCUAUAUGCUUUUAAGUUAUGUAUUACAUACAGUUCUCUAAAAUGGAAAUGUUUAUUUGGCUUCUAAAAGUCAUUUGUGAGUUCAUGUUAUUUAAAACUGCUUUUCAGUCAACUUAUUCUUUAUAAAAAAAGUUUGUUCAAAUAGCAUGUGUUUAUUUCAUUUCUAAAUAAAUUCAUGUUUGAUAAUAUUUUAUAAUGUAUUAUGUCUAACACAUUUUCUUAUCCUAAGCCAAGUAUUAGAAGCUUUGUAUUUCCCUCACACUGUCCGGUUAGCCAUUUUCCCCUGUCUACCACCUACCUAAUCCUAAGCUUUAUUAGUCAUUUUAAAAUAGAACCAAAUCUUUUUAAAUACCUGUGAUGUGUGCUCAUAACUAGCAUGGGUGUCUGUAUAAUCUUCCUUUUAUUCUCAUAAUAAUAGAAAGCAGUUAAAUUACUGGCUGAUCACCUUGAACUUGUGGGGGCUUGGGUUUCUUUUUUAGGCUAGGUCUGUAGGAAGCUCAGAGUAUUUACCAAACACAUCUAAACUUGGCAGGGUUCAAGCCCCAGUCUUUGGGUCUUGUGGUGAAAAAAAGAAAGUGGUCCCUACUCUGUGUUUGCAGACUUCCAGCUCUUACUUUCCAUUGGGUGUCUUCGAGUUUCUCCCAUCAUAUGCAGCUCAGAGGUCAGCCCAGGACUUACACACAGAUUUUGGGAUUCCCUUCUUCUGUGACUCCCUCUUUUCUGAGAUUUCUCCUAAUUCACAGCUACUCUAGCAGUCCUGAAUUCCGUCCUUUCACACCUCAAACCAAUCAUAUUGUGCCUUUCUAACUAGGGUGUGCCCUCUGAGGGAAAAGUCAUAUAAACAUGGAUUGCACCCAGUGAGAUCUUUCAACUGAGUCCAUCCAGUUCCUGCCUUCUUUUGUUUACUCUUCAGUGUUUCCAAAAAGAUUUUUUUCCCCCUUUUAAAUGAGUCAAUCUAGUGGAAAGCUAAUAUAAUAAAAGCUCCUCUGCCAUGACCUGCCUAGGAACCUUGUCUUGAUUGUAGUUAACAUGUGUUAUGUGUAGUCUGUUUAUUAGAUAAGGAAGUUGUGGGUAUUACUUUUGGUUUUGAGAAACUAAAAUGGAGAGUUCCUGAACAUAGUUUAGGUGGCAAGAGUAAGUUUUUGGAAUAUGGACUUCUGUAUUAGCCCAUUUUCAUGCUGCCAAUAAAGACAUACCCGAGACUGGGUAAUUUAUAAAGGAAAGAGGUUUAAUGGACUCAUAGUUCCACAUGGCUGGGGAGGCCUCACAAUCAUGGUGGAAGGUGAAGGAGGAGCAAAGUCACAUUUUACAUGGUGGCAGGCAAAGAGAAUGCUUACGCAGGACAACUCUCAUUUAUAAAACAAUUGGCUCUUGUGAGACUUACUACCAGGAGAACAGUAUGGGAAAGACCCACCCCCAUGAUUCAGUUACCUCCCACUGGGUCCCUUCCACGACACCUGGGAAUUAUGGGAGCUAAAAUUCAAGAUGAGAUUUGGUUGGGGACACAGCCAAACCAUAUCAACUUCUAAUAUGGUCCUCUAACAAAGUCUGUCAUAGUAUUUGUUAUAAUGCAAUGACAACUUGAGGGAACCUUGUGUGAAAAACAUGGUAUCAAGAAACACAAAAGUGACCUACUCCAGACAAGAUGAACUCAUCUAAUGGGGGCUAACUAAUGCAGAGUACAACAUGAUUAUCACUGAGGAAGAAUAUAAGAGCUAGGGUGUUUACAUGAGAAUAGAAAUCACAUCUGACUGAAGGGACAAAGACAUACUUUGUGGAGAAAUUCACAUUGGAGAUUAUUUGUAUGGAAACCCGUGGAGACAUUGCAGAAAGCAUUUCAGGCAGAAUAAUGUGAUGCAAACAAAUUACACAGUAAACUACCAUAUGGCUGAGAAGCAGGUGGUGACAGUGGCCAACACUUAUGAAGUGCUAUGUGACAGGCACCAGUCUAAAUUUUGAACAUGAAUUUAUUUAAGCCUCAUAGAGAUGCCCUAAGGCAAAUGCUAUUAUGAUCCCCAUUUUUACUGACAAGGAAAAUAAGUCAUAGGGAAUUGAAACAGUUUACAAACAGGAAAUGUGGCUCCAGAACAUGCUCUCUUAACCAGGGUGCUAUACUGAUUCCUGCUAAACUGGCAUCAUCUGAUGGCCUGUGCAUCCAAAGAACUGAGGUUAUUUUUAGGAAGAAAGAACAGUGCUCUGCUGUAUACAGUGAGAAGCAAGGAAAGCACAUGUCCCACACACAGACCCACGGAUAAAUGGGUGUGGAGAGAAAAAUAGUUAUUUAGAGAUGAUAGCCAGGUUCCAGUUAAAACCAGAAGAAUGGCUCUGUGAGACAGGCCGUCCAAUCUCCUGUAGAUCCUGUUGUAAGUGAUGCAGAAGCCAGAGAGAAGGUUGCUCUCCAUCAGAAACAUGAGGAGUUUCGGAGACAUCCCUAAAAUAUUUGGCCUGAAAGGGUUUGAAGCCAGGAGGAGAGAUGCAGUCUUAGGAGAAAUGUUUCAUGAGCUGUAACAGGUACCCUAUCAGUCUUUCUCAGUAAGUACUGUUCUAUGUAAUUUUUAUAUUUUCCUUGCAACCCUAUCACUCUCCAAAGGUCUAGUGAAGAAAUCAAAUUUAGAUGAAAAAACCUAGCUUGACCUAGAAUCUUCACUGUGUGUGUGUGUGUGUGUCUGUGUGUGUGUAAUGUAUACAUUGGGUCUUUGGGCUAAAUACACUGUAAGGUUUCAGAGGUAUAAACAGGCCCUGGGCUUUGGAGAACCAUGGGAGGGGAUGAUCUUGAUCUAAGUCAGUAGUUUUUACUUAGCCACAUCUAGAAAUCUAUGUCUUGGUCAUAAAUUUUGUUCUUUGAAAUGCAGGGAAAUGUAUCAUAAAAUGCAGGAAAUGCAAGGAAAAGUAACACAUUAAAGCUAAUUGGUUAUUAAUAUUUUAAAAGCAUAUGAGAAUGUCAUAUUCUAUUCCCUCCAGCUCUCCAACCAUAUCCCCGACACAUACCCACACACUGCCUGACCGCACGUAAGCACAAGUAUUUCUGGGGAUCAUGGGCAUGAGAACUUUAGGGGUAUUGCUAGGAAAAGAAGGAAGAGAGUAAGUAGGAAGACUGAAGACAGAGAAAGGAACCACCAGAAAGAGUAGAAAAAAAGAGGAAUCCUUUCUCCACAUACCAAUGACUCUAAGAAUACCUUUCUCCAUUAAAAUAAUAUCUCAUCCAGGAGGCACGUUCAAAUGAAAUACACGUGGAAUACUGAUAUGAAAAGACAGAAGAAUAUAAUAGGAUCUGAGUUGAAAGACCAUGCUUAUCUCUUCACUUGUACUAUAAGAAUUUACGGUGAUGUUCUUUAGUUGGGGUAACUGUGAUGGGCAACGCUGAAACCCCUUAUGCCAAUUUUGUUUUCAAAAUGCAUUGUCUUAAAUUUUCCCUCAAGGUGGCACUCUUGGACAGCUUUUCCAGUUAUUAGUCUGACAGGAACUUGGUACCAUUUUACUUACCUUCAUAAUGUCACAGAUGCUAGUGAUUUUUUCAUUUUUUUAAAUGCAUUCUUUGAACAUUUUUAGCUUUAAGCAAAUAUAUUUGCUUAUUUUUGUCAUUGAGCAUUUUGAAAACGUGGUUAGAAGCUUGAAGCAGAUAAUCAUAGCUGCAUUCUA